CAUCUCAUCUGUAAUCAACAACGAACGUUAAUCAUGUCUGGUCGUCAAGGUGGUAAAGCUAAGCCAUUGAAGGCUCCAAAGAAAAAGCAACAAGAUUUCGAUGAAGACGAUGCCGCUUUCAAGGCCAAGCAAAAGGCCGAUGCUGCUGCCAAAAAGGCAAUGGCUGAACAAGCUAAGAAAGGUGGACCAUUAAUUGGUGGUGGUAUCAAGAAGAGUGGUAAGAAAUAAAUGUGUUUGUAAUACCAAUAUAUAUUAUUAUC